GUUGGUGGGCCAGGCCGUGGUCGUCAGCCCUUCACCUAUGACAGAGAGCUAUCUGAUGAGGAUGUGGAAGCAGCUAUUGCUGUUUUGAGACACUCUGCUGAUGAAAAGACUGUCCGUGAGAAGAUGAAAAUGACCUUCAUUUAUCGGCAAGCAAUGGUCAACGAUGAAGCCAAAUCAUCAGAUGUCUUCUUGGUCUUUCCACGAUUUCUGGACACACCAGGACUGAUAGAACAAGAUUUCAGACUUCUGUUUGGUGAGGCCACGGCCAACAAAUUCUUGGAGAAGUGGCCAACCACUUUCAAAGCAAAAGUAAUAAAGGAAAGCCAUGGACUUGUACCCACCACAGAACUCUUGGAUUUAAUGCGCAAUGCUGAGUCAGCUGCUGAAGUUGAGAAUGGCUGGGACAGUGACAUGUCUGCCAUCUUGCUGCUGCUACAUUUGCUACCACCAUCUGCACAAGGUAGAAAGAGGCCGGGAAAGCUGUCUGCAUAUCAAGCUGUAGAUCAGCUCAUCAGAUUUCAAAAGGUUGGAACCAGUGUGCAGCAGCAUCUAGACAACAUCACCCAAAGCAGUCAGCCCUACCUUCUCGCCCAGGGAUCCACACAGAGCACCAUUCACUCCUACUUCAUUGUGGUUGACAAGCAUGCACUUCCAUGCAAGGCAAAAGGUUCAGUUGGCGCUUUUGACGAACUCUUUAAAGCCCAUUACGUCUUUGGUACGUCAUACAGUUCUUCCCUGAGCAGCUUUUUCACUUUUGUGCAAACAACCAUCUAUAACAUCGACAUGGGGGAAACAAAGGAGACUCCUAGAGUUGCGGAGUUGCGAGCAAGAAUGGUGCGUUAGUUGAGAUACAACUAUGAAGUGUUUUCUUUGCAAAAGUGACCAUGGAAGUCCAAACAACCUUGUUAAGCACUUUAAGGUACUUCAUGGGCUAUGUACAGGCAGGACUCUUUUUUUGAAUUGUGGUCCAGAAG